GUCUGACAGGAAGACAUCAUUUACGGCGGCCAUGUUGUUUACAUUUUUCUUCGAAAUGGUUUUGGCGUCGCUUAAAAAUGUCGGUACAUAAACAGAUAACCGAAUGUUUCAAGAUGAAGAAGCCAAGGCCGUCACCGGCAAAGGACCCCGCUCGCAAGGACACAGUUACACCGAAACGUCGUGGUGCUAGGAAGAGACUAGCGCAGGGCCGUGCUCCGGGUGUCAAAACGACUUGUGGCGAGGACGCCAUCGAAGAGAAUGCUCGAGAAUGUGAAGUUGAUUACAGUGCACGGGACCCUGACCUGUGGCUGUGCUCGCAAGACGUUCCCGUUUCAGACAUUGGAUGGGACUACAGUUCUCCACGAAAUAAAGUUAUGCAAGUGAAGAAACGGGAUGAAUCUGACUUGGCUAACGUAAUGAAGCUUUUCAGACAUGGGCCAGCUGAAAGUGAACCAAAUAGUGGAGCCUGGGACAUAUUCAAAAAUGAUGUCAUUCCUCCCGCGUCAUCAACGAAAGCAGCAGGGGAUGAAGCCAGAAAGAAACAGGAAAAAGCAGCUCCCAACCCAGAAGUUUUGUUUGAACGCAUGCAAGGUUUACUGCAGCUCAUUCAGGAAACCAAAAAUGGUGACUCUGAUGUCACCGAGAGUUUGAAGCAUAAAAACGGUGAAAAUAAGCCAGAAGACACAACCGGUGCAAGGGUCGCGGCCAAAAAUUGCUGCCGAGGCCUCCUUAUAAAUAGGGAGGACGACACGGAUGGUGGAAGCUGGGCAGAAGGGGAUGAGAGUAUUCUAGUUGCUGCAUCGCAGGAAGCUGAAAUGGUGGGGUCACCCUUACGGCCACCAAAAAAGAUGGGUAGUAUUGAAGAAGAAGGUGUGUCUUUGAUGUUCGUAUCUCCACUUCGACGUGGCACUAAGGCGAAGUCUCCCAGACUCCGCAAGUCACCGCGGAUUCAAUGCUUGACAGCUAACCGGAGGUCACCCAUCCAGCGUCCAGUCGGUACCACGGUACUCGCAUCCCCCGUCCCAAAAGCAACAGAAAGAACUAAAACACCGAACCGGCAGCGCUGUAGGAAUGCAGCAGAAAAUACCAACCAGUCCUUCACAGAUAUUAUGGAUACCUUACUAACAAAUGAUGAUGAUGAUAAUCUGCUCGACUGGGUCUGUAGUACAUAUGAACAAGCUCUACAACAGCAGGAUGCCAAAAAGGAUAUUGAUAGUACCACCAACACCACCGCUGCAUUGCCACAGCAAAACAGCAGUACUUCCCGGCAAGCAGCCUCGGCACCAUUUACUGUUACAAAUGCCACAAGAUGUUCGGCCCGUCUCUCCGGGCAGGCUGAGAAAAGUGCAACUCCCACAGCCAGAAAUGGGGGUCCACGGGGCAAGCCAGGCCAGACCACUUCGAAGCAAUCGGUGAUUAAUCAGAAUGCGAAGAAAGUGGAUUCCCACCAGAAGUCGAGAUUGGAGAAUGGUGCUCGCAGUACGAUCUUGAAAGCUGCUUCUCCACUUUCGAGGAGUGGAGCUGGUUGGGAAGAAGAUGACGACGACUUCACGACUCCAGAUGUCAUGUCGUGGCUAGAGAAGGUGGAAUCACAAACUACUAAGAACAAAUGUACUCCCGAAGAAAUUGAGAGGAAGCGCCAAGAGGCACUGCUUCGACGGCAGCAGAGACACCAACAGCAGCAACACUGGAAGGGACGGUUGAGAACAUCAAGGUGAACGCACGGAAAUAAUAAAGAAUGAGGGACCAAACGCUGUUCCAUGCAGAAACUGUGUCGGUGCCGAUUGCUUGCAUGUAGCACAAACCCAAGGACAAGAAAUUGGACGCCUUCCACCGUGUUGUGUUUACUUCUCACAAUGAACUCGUUGUGCUCUCGCUUUCUGCAUUGCAUCUGCUGUUGUGACCGCACAAAAAUGGACAUCGAACGCACCAGUGAAAAAAAAAUAUUCUGUUGGUUUUUUGUAUUUGCUUUCUUUAAUAAACAACAGGGUUAUAUUUUCCUAGAAAGGAAAUAAGUUUUGUGCUU